UAUAUAGUGUAGUCUAUAGCAGUGUUCUUUAGUCUUUUGUUAGUUUUCAAAUUUGACAAUUUGCUUUGUAAUCAUGGCGUCUGAGCGCUACAGUUUCUCUCUUACAACUUUUAGCCCGUCAGGUAAAUUGGUGCAAAUCGAAUAUGCUUUAGCCGCUGUAGCCGCCGGCGGGACGUCCGUGGGUAUUAAAGCAUCAAAUGGGGUAGUGAUUGCUACUGAGAAUAAGCACAAAAGUUUUCUCUACGAUGAACACAGUGUCAACAAAGUCGAGAUGAUAACAGGACAUAUUGGCAUGGUCUACUCUGGCAUGGGGCCAGACUACCGGCUGCUGGUGACGCAGGCUAGGAAAAUGGCUCAGCAGUACUUCCUCAUGUACCACGAGCCCAUCCCCACUGCGCAACUAGUGCAGCGAGUAGCCACCGUCAUGCAGGAGUACACACAGUCCGGAGGCGUCCGUCCGUUCGGCGUGUCACUUCUGAUCUGCGGGUGGGACAGCGAUCGCCCGUACUUAUUCCAGUGCGACCCAUCCGGCGCGUACUUCGCGUGGAAGGCCACGGCUAUGGGCAAGAACUUCAACAACGGCAAGACUUUCUUGGAGAAAAGGUAUACAGAAGAAUUGGAGCUGGAUGACGCAGUUCACACCGCGAUACUGACCCUUAAAGAAGGGUUCGAGGGCGCGAUGACGGCUGACAACAUCGAGGUGGGGAUAUGCGACGCGGCCGGUUUCCGCAGACUCGAGCCCGCGCACGUCAAAGACUACCUCGCGAACAUCCCGUAAUGCGUUUUUUGAAUAAACGAGCUUAUUAUUUGCA